AUCUCGCGCUCACUUCUCCCCCCUUCUCUAAAUUUGUCAAUUUUGUUUUUUCUCUCCUCUCUCUUUCCCCGUUUAGUCUUCCCAAAGAAGUUAGAGAUGAUGGAAAAGAUGGAGAAAAGCUCGUCUUCCAGCAACGUUCCAAUUUCUAAACCGUGGCAGUCCUAUCACACCGUUUAUACUAACGCCAAAGCUGGUAUGGAUGGAGUUGACAAGGAAAAAGUACAGAGAAUAGUAUAUGAAAUGAGUAAAGGGUCGAAGUAUUUUGAAAAUGAGGAGCGAAAGGAAGCCCUCAUGAGGCAGAAGACCGAGAACAUGCGUGAAAGGUGUGGAAAGCUCUCAACCGCUGAUAUAUCUCAUUAUCAGAAGUGUUUGUGCAAUGUACAGGUUGCUGAAAGAAGAAUGACAGAGUUAGAAGCGAAACGUGACUUAUCAAGAAUUUGGCUGCAUGUAGAUAUGGAUGCCUUUUACGCUGCUGUUGAGACAUUGAGCAAUCCGUCGUUGAAAGGCAAGCCAAUGGCGGUCGGCAGCCUGUCUAUGCUAUCUACUGCCAACUAUGAGGCACGAAGAUAUGGGGUUCGUGCUGCAAUGCCUGGCUUUAUUGCACGUAAAUUGUGUCCAGAGCUAGUCUUUGUCCCUGUAGAUUUUGAGAAGUAUACUUACUAUAGUACCUUAACUAGAAAAGUAUUCCAGAGAUAUGAUCCUAACUUCAUUUCCGCCAGUUUAGAUGAAGCAUAUCUUGAUAUAACUGAGGUUUGCAGAGAUAGGGACUUGAGAAGUGAUGAUGUUGCUGAAGAGAUCAGAAGAAGUGUUUUUGAAGAGACUGGUUUAACAUGUAGUGCUGGUGUUGCUCCUAAUAGGUUGCUGGCAAAGGUUUGCUCAGAUAUAAACAAGCCGAAUGGACAAUUUAUUUUGCCAAGUGAUCGUAUGGCUGUCAUGACAUUUAUAUCCUCCCUCCCUAUACGAAAGGUAUCUUUGUUACGAGACUGUUCUUUGUUUUUUGUCUUGGAUUUAGAAGGUUACAAAGGGCCUUUCAAGUAUCCAAUUGGAGGCAUUGGUAAGGUUACUGAGCAAAUCCUAAGAAAUGCUUUUGAAAUUGAUACAUGCAAGGAUUUGCUUGAGAAAGGCAGUUUCCUCUGUGCAUUGUUUUCUCCUUCAUCCGCAGAUUUCUUCCUUUCUGUUGGAUUAGGACUGGGGAGCACAGAUGCUCCACAAGCCAGGUUACGGAAGAGUAUGAGUAAUGAAAGAACAUUUUCUGCCACUCAGGAUGAAGAUUUUUUGUAUCAGAAAUUAGCUGAACUUGCGGAAACACUUUCAACUGACCUGCAAAAGGAAGGACUUUAUGGUCGAACUCUGACACUUAAACUAAAAACUGCAUGUUUUGAGGUUCGAAGUAGAGCAGUGACAUUGUCAAAAUGUAUAUGCUCAAGUGAAGAUAUACUGUUGCAUGCCAAGAAACUGCUGAAAGCGGAACUUCCUGCAUCGCUAAGACUGAUAGGCCUUCGAGUGUCUCAGUUUAGCGAAGAUAAAAGUGGUCCAUCUGAUCCUAGGCAGAAAUCCAUUACCAACUUUGUCAUAGUGGGAGAUGCUUCUGGAAAUAAUAUCCAUGACAGUGACAGUAUGAAAUUGAAGCCAAAGGAUGACAGAUUUUCACAUGAGAUUGGAGAUGAUAUCGCUGCUUGUGACCCCAGUUCUGGUUAUGUACAUGAAGAUGUCAGCAGCAGCGAUCAGUACGCAGAUUUUUGUUAUAGUAGCUGCAGUAUAGACAAAAAUGCCACGGACAUGGAACGAAAUAGUGUGCUUCUUGAUAGUAAUCAAGCAGAAGAGAUUGCUGGGUUUGUUGAGCAGAGGUCUGAACCACGUCAACCUUUUUCCCAGCCACUGAUGGAGACAGAACAUUGUCUUAGUAGCAUAAGUCCUGAUGAAGUGACAGGGUGUCCUAGUGAUGAUGACGCUGCCCCUUCCUCAAGUCAACAAGAUCAGUUUCAAUGGGUGGAUGGUUACAAGUGUUCAAUCUGUGGAAUUGAAAUGCCGCUCGAAUUUGUUCAUGAAAGACAAGAACACUUUGAUUUUCAUCUUGCUGAAAGAUUGCAGGAAGAGUGUUCUGGUAGCAGCUCAAUGAAUCACUGCUCUAAGCAGAGGAAAAUUCAAAAAGACCAAAUUGUGCAUAGUAGAAAGAAAAGGCGCAAUUUAGUACCAGAAAAAGGCAAAUAUCUUCAUAUUGAUCAAUUUUUCACAAAGAAGAACCAAAAUGCUUAGCAUUUUGUCUGUAAAUGUAAUCAAUGUAUGUCGAUAUAUAUAGCCAAUAUAGGUACAAUGGAAGCAAGUUUUAUGUUGGUCUAUGUCAUUUACCUGUGUAAAUUUUUACAGUGUAUACCUGCAACUUGUAUAUUAAACCAACAAUUUGUGCAAUGUAAUUUUAACAACCCAAAUUCUUAACUGCAAUGUUCAAGUUUUUUUUUUUGCUUAGAUUAUUGAGUAUUGACUAUUACUCAAGUGUAAGUAUUGUAGCUACUUCAUGUAUAUUUCAAUCACUGUGUUUUGGAUGAAUUUUCCUCUUUUAAUUGCAAACCAAUUUGUCAAAUCAAAAGUAUGUAAUAAUUAAUGUGUGUGUAGUGUUAGGACAGUCCAGAGGAUUUCUUCCUACCUUUUUAAAAGUGUUAUUUUGAACUUAAUUUUUCUUAUUUGAACUAAUCUAAAUUUAUGAACCCUUAUGGGUCUAUCUAUGAUCUUAUUUGAACUUAUUAAACCUUAUGUUAUGAUGCGUCCGACCUUAUUUUUACUGAAUUGAACUGAUCCAACCUUAUCUAAACCUUAUUAAACUUUAUAUGAACUUAAUUUUUCCUUCAAAAGAAAAAAAAAGAAAGGCGAGGACAAAGAUAUGCCACGUCCCAGUACAUAUUUACAUCCUUCAAAAGCUUAUCUUCCCAUGGUCCACUCCACCAAAAUUUGCAGUUUCUCUCUUCAAAAUUACUUCGUAGCAUAUGAUCUCAUCAGUUUUUAACUUUUAAAUGUGAAAUUAGUCCAACAACCCAGCAAUUAAAACAACAAUCCCAAAUCAAAACUAAACCCAGCUUUUCCCAAUAAUUAAUAUGAGUAUAAGUAUGAGCAUGAUUAGAGCAUCAACAAGAAUAACAUCAUCUGUUAAUGGUAAUAAUAUCCCAACAAUGAAAGAGAUAAUGGAAACCUCAAAAGCCAGAAAUUUGGAUUUGAAGCUGCAAAAAUUGGGACCCUUUUUCAGAAUAACAGCAAAAAGCUUGGAAACAAAUAAGGAGCUUGGAAGAGCUGAAGGAGUCAUAAGGAUUUGGUUUAAUGGUAAAAUUCUGCACUUGGAUUCUAUCAGAUUGAAGAAAGAGACUCAGAGUAUGCAGAGAUCAAUAUUUGGUGUAGGUUUAUUCCUUGGUGCAGUUGCUGUUAGACAUGGUUUUGAUUCUGGUUGCAUUACGGCUCAGUUGCUUGCUAUCAAUGACACUGAUCUCUACCACUCUAAGUUGGUAAGGUUUUACAGUAGAAUGGGAUUCAAGGUUGUGCAUGAAGUGGAUGGCUCAACAAUUGGAGACCUUUCCCACAUGCUAGUCUGGGGAGGUAACGGAACGAGAAUGGAUGCUGAUAUCAAGUAUCUUCUUUCUAAAUGGUGCACCAUCUUCAAACCAAGAGUUUCUAGUGUAGAGAAACAGCAAGCAUGAAAGAAAUUGGACUCCACAUAUAUGAUAAGAGACGACAACCCAAAAAGGAACAGUUUGUAGAGAUACUGUGUGCACUCUUGUUAUCACAAAAUACAGAUGGUAUUCAUGGUUUUAGGGCAAGUGAUACACCAAUCUUUGGGUUUGUGUCAAGAGAAUUGUAAUCAAACUCAGCUGCCAUUGUCAGCACAGACUUAGCUUUAAACUCGUGUUGCAGAAGUGCCCCGAAAUUCCCCUGGUUGUCGAGCUUCAGCUUGAUUAGAGUUAAAUCAUCAACAGUGUAUGAUCCUCCUACAGUGAGAGUAUUUCCAUCUUCAGAAAACCUAUUUGUGAACUCCAUUACUGUAGUGCACCUCGCUUGGUCAAGAUAGUGGACAUACGAUGUUCGAACAAGAUCACCCUUUUCCGCCCUGGAAUCAAUUCAAGGACAUGUAUCAUUUAAUUGAGUAUGCAACGUGCAAAUGUUUUUGCAAGAUUAUGAAUUUGAUUAAGCCUGUAUUUGUUCAAUGAAUAUGGAUGUUUCCUCA